GAGUCCCCAACACCUCAGGAGACUGGUUCACUGCUGUCCUCCCAGGCCACCAGCCCUGCCCCGCCCCCACCCCCAGGAGGGGCUCUGAUCUGAGCACUAGGGAGAUGUCUAGGACCGGCCUUCCCCUCCCCCAAGCCCCUGGCCUGGGAGGGGCGCCCCCCCACCCCAGGGGUGAUUCUGAGCACUAGUGAGAUGUUAAUGAACCUCCUUCCCCUCCCCCAAGCCCCUGGCCUGGAGGGGCGCUCCCCCUGGAAAGGGCUGGAGGACAGAGACUUGGCCCAGCUGCUGGCCAGUGGCCAUCCUGUCCUCAACGCGGGGGCCAGUGGGAGAUCAGGCCCGCACCUGGCGUGGCCCUGACAGCCCCCACGGGCUGUGCUCUGGACAGACUGGACUCUGGCUGAGGAGGCCCUCAGGAUGAAGCUUUUCCUGCCUGUGCUGCUGGCCGCCCUUCUGGGCACGGAGCAGGCCCGCUGCCUGGUCUGCUUCUCCUGCAAGGACCAGCAGAGCAACUUCUACUGCCUGAAGCCCACCGUGUGCGCUGACUCGGACAAGUACUGCGUGACCAUGUCCGCCUCCGCCGGCCUCGGUGAGUGCCGCCCNNUCUGCCCCGGGCCAAGCGUGAACCUGGGCGUGGCGUCCGUGGGCACCCACUGCUGCCAGAGCUUCCUGUGCAACAUCAGUGCCGCCGACGGCGGGCUGCGGGCCAGCGCGGCCGUGCUGGGCCUCGGGCUCCUGCUCAGCCUGCUGUCCACGCUGCUGCGGCUGGGCCCCUGACUGGCCCCGGAGCCCCCGCCCGGCCCCCCGGCUUUCUCGCCCCCCGCCCAGUGAUGUCGCCUUCCUCGGGGAGCCCGGGAAGGUGUGAGGGUCCCGGGACCGGAGCUGGGGCCGGGGCCACGUGGGAGGGGGCGCCCGCCCCGCCGUGGCUGGGUUGAACCGAGCGCGAGCCCCCCGCCCUGGUGCUUCCAGACCCGACCUGACUCGCCACGGGGGCAUUUCUGGGGACAGACCUUCCCCCUGCUUCCCCGGCCCAGCUGAACCCCAACCCUACACUGUACCCUCUUGCUUCGGUGCCUAAAUAAACAUCCGUGCCCCCUUCCUA